AUGCCGGGGGCACUCACGUGUGGCCUGCGGGCCGCCACGCUGGGCAUGAGGGCCAGAGUGCCGGAGGCGGGCCGCCGGGCAUGCGAGCGGGUGUGCCGACGGGCCUGCAACCACUACAGCCUGCAACCCUACAGCCUGCAACCUUUACAGCCUGCAACACUACAGCCUGCAACCUUUACAGCCUGCGAACCUACAGCCUGCAACCCCUACAGCCUGCAACCCUACAGCCUGCAACCUUUACAGCCUGAAACUCCUACAGCCUGCAACCCCACAGCCUGCAACCCUACAGUCUGCAACCCUACAGCCUGCACCCCUACAGCCUGCACCCCCACAGCCUGCAACCCUACAGUCUGCAACCCCACAGCCUGCAACCCUACAGCCUACAACCCCUACAGCCUGCAACCAUACAGCCUGCAACCCUACAGCCUGCAACCCUACAGCCUACAACCCUACAGCCUGCAACCAUACAGCCUGCAACUCCUACAGCCUGCAACCCUACAGCCUGCAACCCUACAGCCUACAACUCCUCUACAGCCUGCAAACCUACAGCCUGCAACCCUACAGCCUGCAACUCCUACAGCUUGCAUCCCUGCAGCCUACAACCCUACAGCCUGCAACCCUACAGCCUACUACCUUACAGCCUACAACCCCUACAGCCUGCAACCCUACAGCCUGCAACCCUACAGCCUACAACCUUACAGCCUGCAACCCCUACAGCCUGCAACCCUACAGUCUGCAACCCUACAGCCUGCAACUCCUACAGCCUGCACCCCUACAGCCUGCAACCCCUACAGCCUGCAACCCCACAACCUGCAACCCUACAGCCUGAAACCCUACAGCCUGCAACCCUACAGCCUGCAACCCCACAGCCUGCAACCCUACAGCCUACAACCGCACAGCCUGCAACCCUACAGCCUGCAACCUUACAGCCUGCAACUCCUACAGCCUACAACCGCACAGCCUGCAACCCUACAGCCUGCAACCCCCAGCCGCCCCCUUCAGGUCCCGCUACUCCUGGUGUGA